UCUUUGUGGUUAUGUUACCCAUAAUCACAGUUGUUGAGAAAACCCAGUUGUUGAGAAAAGAGCAGAAUCUGAAAACUUUUUAACAGCUUUAAAGUCUGAAAUUUUCUCAGCUAGAGCACAGGGGAGGAGUCAUUUCUUCUCAUUCUUAAUUCUUUCCUUUUUGAGUCAGAGAGCUGAGUUAGAUGAUGAGGUAGUUUUUGAAGUUUUGUUUAGCACUGAAAGGUAAUAAAAGUUGCUUAUUUUUGCUCGGCAAGUUACAAACAAACACUGCAAGUUGAAGGGAUACAUAGUUGGGGAAUAUCAAAUUUACAGGAAAAUCUACAGCUUUGACUCAAAUGGAUUCCACAAUCAGAGAGAAACUGGAGGAGCAGCUGGGCGAGUACAUCUUAGACACUCUCAAAUACACUGAAACUGUGAAGGAGUUUUGUGACGGAGAAUCUGAAUGGACCUCACAGAGAAAGACAGAGCUCGAUAAAAUGACAGGCAUCAAGGCCAAGGCUGAGGACAAGAACCAGACUUGGGGCCAGUACAUAUGGAAAAGCCUGACAAAUGUUUCCAGUAGGCCGGAGCUGGAGAAGGAGCUAGAAGAAGUUCUUAACAACACUUUAGAAGGCCUGGAGAAACUCCAACAUUUCCUGGAUGCAGUGGAGAAGCUAGCCGUCACCUCGCUGGAUGUCUUCAUGGGUGACAGUUUCAAUUCCAUGUCAGUACAUUCAGUGAUCUUUGCAGCCAGAAUCAUGUCUCCACGUCUCGUCCACUUCAAGAGAGAUGCAAGAGCGUUCUUCCUGCCGAGUCUCAGCAAUGUAGAAGUCCUGGUCUUCCAGCUGGAGAAAUACAUCUGCCUCACUCAGCAGAUCGUUGAGAAGAUGGAGGAAGAAUCCAGGAGUGUAUCUGGUUCUGGGGGUGUUCAUGAAUAUUUAACAUCACAUGUAUUAUGUUACAGAUGGAAAAACAGGAACUCUUCACGAAACUUGAUUCUGAACAUGAGUGAGGAGUCUGCGCAGGAUCUGUAUAACCAUUUACUCCAGCUAACCAAAAUCAGGAUGGAUGAGUCAUUCAGGAUGAAUUUCCUAUUCAAUGUGAAGGCAGCAGACUUCAUUAAGGUAUUCACUGAGCGCCACACUAGAAUGUUUGAGUUCCUGUCUGAUUUAGAGAAGGCUGCGGUUCAGCUGGACAACAUGAAGAAGGGCUCCAACAUUUCCACUGUGGCUGGAAGUUCAGUCGGUAUUGCAGGAGGUGUUUUGUCCAUCGUAGGUUUAGCUCUCGCUCCCGUCACUGCAGGCGCAUCUUUGGCCCUCACACUCACAGGCGUUGGUCUCGGAGUCACCAGCGGCGUUAAUGGCAUCAUUACAGGCGUCACUGAAAUUGCAGUGAACAGUCAUCAAGGGAAAAAAGCCAAUGACAUCUUCUUGAGAUUUAUGGAAGAUGUGCAGAAGAUCCUAGAGUGUGUGGAAGACGUAGCCAACAGGGAGGUUGCUGAAGCUAGGAGACUGGCCACUAGUGCAACUGAUUUGUCGAUUCAGAAAGCUAAAGCAGUUCGGAACAUCUCAAAACUGGCUGCAGAUCUUCCUGACAUUGGACAGAUGGCUAAAGGAACUUCUCUGGCCCUUUCAAAGUCAGCCAGGGCAGGGUUCAUUACUUUAAAUGCACUCUUUAUUGGUGUAGAUGUUUUUUUCAUCUGUAAAGACAGUAUGAGUCUGGCCAAAGGGAGCAAAAAUGAAGUGGCUCAGAUCAUUCGCUCCAGAUCAGCUCUUUGGUGCUCAGAGGUGGAGGCGUGGGAGAAGAUCUAUAACCGUCUGUUUGAAGGAAUCGCAGGGUUUUACAAGAAUCUGGAAAUUCUAGAACAGCCUCUCUACUCUAAAAUAAUUAAUUAAAUCAAAAUGCUGACCUGGCAGUGAGCAUGAUUACAUUCGUUAAGUGAUUGUUUUAUCCUAUAAUCUUAAAUAUUCUGUUUAAAAUGCUGAAGUUGUUAAUGGUGAUCAAUUAGUCUGCAGUCAUUCACAUACUGUAGGCUACUGCAGUUGAUUUCUAUGUUUAUCUCUAGAACCCGGUCUGUAGAACCCGGUGAGUGUCUUUGUAUAAUGGAGGACUCUUUUAGGCGAAUUUUUUCCAUGGUGCUUCUGCUCACUUUAUUGUCUCUGCAGUGCUUUCAGCGAGCUUUUCGUUAACUCCGAAGAAAACAGAGUCCAGAAUCCUGAUUGAAGAUUAAUUUUCUGUACAAAUUUAAUUAAUCAUUUUCCUUGCUGUAUGUGCUGUAGUCACUGUACUGGAUCUGAAUUAUUAUCUGAUUAAUUUUGACAGAAAAUUUGCAUUGUAUUUUUUUUUUUUUAAAUCAUGUUAUUAUCAUAUUCAGCUUUCAUUUUGGUAAUGAGUAACCUGGGUAGCAGUGGAUAUAAUAAAAUUUAAUCAAAAGAGUGAGCGUGAUCAGAAUCACAAAUCAUUAAUAAACUGUUAAUAAAUCUGCUGAAAUUCAAUAAAUGAUGCAAUAAAGUUUCUAUGAUGUGUGCUUUAUAAAGAAAAUGUUUUUCUCCAGUUUAUUGAGUUGAUAUGAGAGAUAACUACAGUCUCUUUAGAACAAUGCUUACUGAAACACCUUUAUUAAUAAUUAUUUAUAAUUCUCCCAUUCCCAAAUCAGUAUAAAUUACUAUACAUGCAUUAUUAAUUAGUUUUUUUUUUUUUUUUUAUAAAAUGUUCACACUAGAACAUCCUUCUCCUCCUCUUUCUCUUUCAUCAAGAAUGUGUGUCUCAUUUGAUAAGAAAUCCAUUACUGCCUUUAGUUCUUUAUUUAUUUUUGAGAACUUUUAUUAAGCAUAACCUCGUGACAGGAGGUUUUGUCUCAUACACAUGGGACAGUGCAGUUAGUAGGACAGCUAACUCUGCUCCUGAACUUUUUCCAGCAUGUGUUUAGUGACAGUUUCACAUCCAUGAGCUCCUGAUUCAACGCAUUGUAGUUUGCUUCUACACGAUGGCUUCACAUUUAUCCCUGAGGUAAAGCACAUUAUGAUGAUGUUUCUGUAGUAUUUGUGUGACUGAUGAACAGAAACCCUGUGAGAUGUGUUUGUUCUAGAGGACCUCAAUGUGAGCUGGUAGUUGAUUAAAUGUAGUAUUUAAGUUGACUCUAACAUCUGAUUGUGUGAUUUGACUAGACGGCCUGUUUUUGUUGGUUGAGGUUGAGUUUGUGUCUAUAACGGGGCACAGUGCUGUGACUCUCCCUCAGCACUACUGGUGCUUUAACAAAACAUUUCAUUGUUCUGCUGGAAGCUGACCUGGGGCAGUGUCAUAUUUUAAACUGAAAAACUAAAAUAAUAGAAGGAGUUUUCCUAAAGUGUGUGUAUUUGGAUUGUACGUCUAAGUAAACUUGAAGAGGGCCUUUUGUUAAUUCUUAGAUAAGAAAGUGGAGUAAAAAAUAAAUAAAUAAAUAAAUAAAUAAAUAAAUAAAUAUAUAUAUAUAUUUCAUACAGAAAUGUUAAUAGCUACUAGGUGUUCGUAUGUCUGAAACUAACCACAUACACACAUUCAGUAAGUUGUUCGUGCUGAUA